AUCGGUAAUCACAGUUGGCGAUUUUCUUCAAUUACCUCCCGUUAAGGAUUCAGCCAUCUUCUUUUCUCCAAAGCACAGUCUGGUUAAAACCAUUGUUUCAUCAUUAUGGGACGAAUUUCUCCUUUAUGAGCUAACAGAGGUCAUGCGGCAAAAAGAUGACUUGGGCUUUGUUAUAGCUCUUAACAACUUUGCUCGAGGAGAAAUGUCCAACGAAGAUGUGAAAAUCAUAAAAUCUCGAGAAGUAGAAGAACACCAAGUACCUGAUGAAGCCAUCCGGCUUCACUAUACAAACGCGAAUGUGGAUAAAUAUAACGAAAAGAAGAUAUCGGAGUCAUCCUCAACUGAAAUUGAAUGCAUUGCUAUGGAUACAAUUACAGGAAAACUUAAACCAAACCAAAAAAUCGCAAAGAUGAAAAUGUGGAAAGAAAGACCAACAAAAGAUUGCGGAGGAUACCCAUACACGAUUCGUUUCAAACAAGGAAUAAAAUACAUGCUGACAGCUAAUCUUGACGUGUCUGAUGGACUAGUUAACGGAGCUACUGGCGUUUUAGAGCACGUUUUCUGCAACCCUGGAUUAGGAAAACCGAUAAUUGUAUUCCUGAAAUUUGACUCGAGUAAUGUGGGGAAGAAAAUACGCCAGCAGUACAGGAAUUUCAUGGAGAACAACAAUAUCAACCUCAGUUGGACGCCAAUCCCUAGGAAAGUAUACAACCUGACAACUCAUUUCCAGAAGGAUUACCAGAUGAUUCGGGAUCAGUUUCCAAUAGUACCUUGCGAAGCUCUAACUAUUCAUAAAAGUCAAGGUCAAACAUACAGACAUGUGUGUAUUGAUUUCAGGAAGUCUGGUAACCUUACCCGCCAGUUAGUUUAUGUAGAGCUCAGCCGCGUGACGAGUCUUUCAGGACUUUAUAUUCUAGGUAAUUUUCCUGGAAAUAUGAAAAGUAAUAACACAAUUGAUGCUUGUUUGAACGAAAUGGAUAGACUAAGAAAAGAACGGUCAUUGUCACUUGUUUACAAUAAUUUAGUUAAUGUAUCAGGGCUCAAAGUAGUUUACUUGAAUAUUCGAUCAUUACGAGCGAAUAAAAAGCAUGUAGACGUGGACCCAUGGUAUUUCCGCUGUGAUAUAUUAAUUUUCUCUGAAACAUGCUUGUAUGCCAAUGAACAGAUUGAAUUUCCUGGAUUCAAUUUGGUCUAUCGUUCAGAUACUAUUAGUUAUCCGGAUUAUGUUAAAAAGAACAUUGCAAAAGGAAUUAUUUGUUUUGUAAGAAGCAGUUUAAAAGCAAACGUUGUCGACUAUUGUACCGAAUUCAAGGCGGAUCAAAAGGGACAUUAUCAUAGUCACAUAGAUCUGGUAAAAUUUGUAGUUAAUGAAAUCCAGAUAAUAAGUGGAUAUAAAUCACCAAAAGUAAGUGUUUGCGAUUUUAAAGAUACAAUGCUUCGAUUUCAGUUGGAGGAAUCUUGUCCAACUAUUGUCAUAGGUGAUUUUAAUUUCAAUCUUAAUGAUACAAGAAAUGCACAAAUACAUGAGUUCAGUUCCUUUAUGAUCAACCAUUCAUAUGUUUCGAAACUAUCGCCAACAGAAGCAACAACUAUUUUAGGUUCACGACUAGAUAUAGUGUACGCCAAUUUUGAAAAUAUUACUGCUGGAGUUUACGAAUGCUACUUUUCUGAUCAUAAACCAAUAUAUUGUAUUAUUUGUAGUAAGCAAUCAUGCCUUUAUGAUGUGAAUAAAAUUGGCAAUGAUAAUAUUCAACUGUUUGGAAAGUCUUCCGACUUAGUAUCGAUAGAUAGUAAAUCAAUAGCAUCUUGUGUUGACUUAUCAUCUGAAGAUAAUAGCAUCAGAUCGAGCAAUAGGAAUAUUAAUAGUUUAUCCUUUCAGUACAGUGAUUUUGAAUCAGAUUUAGAUCAUUUAAAUCUAGAGAACAACAUUAAAGAUUGGAUUAACUCAGUAGAUACAACAAAUGAUGCAUAUGAUAAUGGAAAUGAAAAAUUACUCAAAAAUAUUCAACAGGUAUUCUAUAACGAUCCAUAUACGUUUACUAAUUCAGAAGAAUUGCUGAUAGCUUCUACAGAUGCCAAUGUAAUGCGUUACAAAAGUGAUAUUGACCAUAUUGCAAACUACCUAAUGGCAUUACCUACUAAUAUUUUUAAAUGUAACAGAGAUAGAGUAUUGUCAGUUCAAACAUUGAAUGGAUUCUUGGAGAUUCCAAUAACUGGAGAUGGCGGUUGCCAAUUUAAUGCGAUUUCAUAUGCAUUGGUAGGAAAUGAAAGUUUUUCUUUUGAUCUUAGAGCAAUUGCAUUCCAAGCCGUAAUAGAAAACAUACAUCUCUUCGAUAAAAUCAAAAACACCAUUGGUUUGGAAUCAGACACAUUGUUUAACCUUCUUCAGAUAUGUUGUUCAGAAAGAUUAUUCGGUAACCUUGACACCCUGUUUGCUCUCAGUAUGGCUCUUGAACGAAUUAUAUUAAUCAUGCUGCAUCACGAAAACGGAGAACAACGGUUUGUUAAAGUUGAACCACCAAGUUAUAGUAAUACUGAUUUACCAAUAUUGCUGCAUUUGACAAGACCAGGUCAAGCAGACGCACAUUAUAAUGUUCUCCUUCCAUCUGAUGUUAACACACCAUACGACUUUACAUGCUACGAUGUGUAUAACUUGAAUCAUAUAGUGAUGAGUUAAAGGACGUUGGUGUAACCUGCCAAAACAAAUCGUCAAUUAGAAAUAAACCAUAUUAGCUAAAAUCUUCUGAAACUGCUGAAAAUCAUAUUAGCUAAAGUCUUCUGGAAAUGAGAAAGGAGGGGCUGAAUACGGUUUACCGUGUUAGCUAAAACCUCCUAAACUAUACAGAAGAGGCUGAAUAUGAUUCAACGACAGGAGAGGCUGAAUACGGCUUACCGUAUUAGCUCAAUCUCCUGAAUAAGACACGGAAGAGGCUGAAUAUGGUUCAACGACAGGAGAGGCUGAAUACGGCUUACCGUGUUAGCUCAAUCUCCUGAAUUAGACACAGAAGAGGCUGAAUAUGACCCUGAGAUAAGAAGUUGAAUGCUCUUGAUUAGAAGUACUGUGAGUUGAAAAAAAAAACUGGGCAACAAUGAGUAGUGUUGGCAGCUAUGAAACCCCUGACUUUGAUCAGAUAAUACUCAUAUUGUUAUGGGGGGACCCAGAGCCAUUUGUAAGUGCUUGAGUCAUGUUUUUCAGCAUGUUUUGCUAAACAUUCCAUAUAUGUACUAAUUUAAAAAAGAUUCUAUGAAAAUUACUCAUUUGUACCUUUCUGGUACGCCAGGGUGGUGUACUGAAUGCCUGUCCUGUAUUUUCACACGAUGAAUUUUUAGGAAAAUUGCUCUAGGUGUUACGUCUGUUUGACGGACUGGUGGUAUUCGUACCAUGGUCCAAGUUGUCAAAAAAAUUAUUACAAGACUGUUUUGAAUGAAGACAACAAUAAGUAUGCAAUUUAUUUCAUGAUCAUUGUAGCAUGGUACGAAUACCAUUAGUCUGUCUAAGCUAUAACUAAUAGAUUAAUGGAAAUUUGAAAAUCUCAAAAAGUGCAACUAAAAAAAUCUAAUUAUCAAAUAGGGUAACCAAUAUAAUUUGGACCCCCAUAUAUUUUGGACCCCCUGGGUCGUAUUAUCACAACUUACACAGGUUUGAUGAUGAAAUGACGGAAACUUUUAGAAUCAUUCACUAAAUAAGAUUGCUCUGCACGGGCAGCAAUCAUUUCCUCACUGGAAAUAUCAUUAUUUGCCUAGAAAUUAUUUUUUGCCAAUCUCGUCAUCCGUGCGAGUGUCGCAUCAUGUUUACAAAAAGAGAUUGCGGUGCUGAGGAAACUUGCCAAUGUAAACAAAAACGUUUAUUCUUCUAGCGCAUUUAAUUCACAAAGUUCGUGUAAUCAGCCUUUGUCAAUCAAGCAAUUAGGAUGUGAUCCAGCAUAUUCGAGCGCCAAAUUCUUCCAAAAUAGUUUCAAACGAGUUUAAACACCGGGUGUCCAAAACAUAUUCUGAAGAGGGUCCAAAAUAUAUUGGGGUGUCCAAAACAUCCAAUUUUCAGCCAGAAAUGACCUUGUGGGUAUUUUUAACGGACAGUGGAGGCUUUAACGAACAUACUAACAUCAUUAUUAUGUGUUAAUACCCUGUGAAUCGGUUUGAUUUUGAUUUAAAUUAAAACUAAUGUCCUCUAGGGGUCCAAAAUUCGACCGUUACCCUAUAUAUGUUUGUACUUGAAACAUCUCGUUAUAUCUUCGCAAUCUGACGGAUCAGGUUUGUAUAUCUUAAAAAGUUAAGAAAUCAAAAAACAGUCUCAGGGAGAUGAUAAAAUGGUGUCUCAGAAGAGUUUAAGCGAAGCACAAAAAAGCAUCUCUGAGAGGUUUAAAAAGGACAAAUGGUGAACUCAGAUAGUUUUUAGUUGGCAGGAUACUGUCUGAAAAAUUGUUCAUUAUAUGAAUAAUAGUGGAUUGGUCAACUUUAUAAAUCAUGUUAAAUGGAUUCCGUUCAAGUUAUGUUAAUUUUCCUCACGGUUGUAAAUGAUGAUAUCGUCGAACGGAUCAUGACCUGGUGGACAUUUUUUACGAGAAAGGCACUAUCACCACUAGGUGGAUUAAUCUGGGUUUUAUCAGCACUGAUCGCUCCUCUGGAUAUACUUCCUCUUGUGCCAUCUUCCACAGCAGAACUUCCGCGCUCGAUAACUCUUCUUGGGUGAGUGUUUCCAGUCUUAAAUUCUGCCCAACAUUCCUUCGUCGCAAGCUGUUCAUGAAACGGAUGACGUAUGCUAUUGUGCGCUGCAGUCUUGUCCAGUUGUUGAAUCGAGAAUAAUCCACAACAAACUCCCGGUUCCAGUGGGUUUGCACAAUCCGAAGUUCCUCGU